AGUCUCAGUCCAAUGUGUUCUGUGCUGGGAGAUUUACUGCUUGGUCUCUCAGCUUUUUGUUUUCAACAGAAAUGCUUUUCCCCACAAGCACGAUGCCGACUGGUUUGAUACUCAGUGUCUUUAUCGUUCUACUUCCACCUGUUUUCACAGAAAAUCUAUUAAUUGAAUUCACAUUUCAUCAUCUGUUAAAGUGGGAUUUGAAGACAUUACCCCAGAUAAUUAAUUUGGAGGCUCUGCACUACAGGUCAGGAAACUCAAAUACUGUUUACUUUGUGGAUGGACAAAAUGACAUUUCAUUAAAAGGACCAGACAAUCCUGGACGGGGUCCUGUUGUGUGGGAAUGGACACCACACUCAGGGCAAGAAAAAAAGCAGCUGGUUACUUUUAAGAAAAUCUCUGGGAGCUGGAGAGAUUCAAAACAGAGUAAAUACUAUCAAAAUAAGAAGUUGCACCAGUGGAUAAAUUGGGAUUAUGAUUCCAUUAAUCUGCGGCUUACAAAUCUCACAUUUAAUUUUGCUGGAUUGUUCACCCUGUUUCAGACACAGCUGAUUAAAAUCAUCCUGAAAGAAUACAAUGUUUUCGGGAUCAAAGUUGCAUCAGGUCCCCAGUACCAUCACCACAGGGUGAACAGUGAUGUUACCCUCAGCUGUACCAUCUCCAAACACUCAGAUACAGUCUGUCUCCAAUGGAAACGGAGAGAUUCAUCUCAGCAGAGCAAUGGGAAAACUGAUCAGAUCCGAGUGAAUAACACAGUCUAUCUGAUGGUCAAACACGUUACCAUGGAGGAUAAGAAGAUGUAUGCGUGUGAAGUACAGGAAAAUGGAUCCAUGGUUCUCAAAGUGAAUCGAGAUUUUCAUGUUUCCAAGUAUUUAUUUAUAAAGAGUUAUACUCUUUAUCGCUCAGACACAGAUCACAGUGAGCUCAAACUGGUUUGUCAGCACUUUGAUAACCAAUUUGAAACUGCUGCAUGGAGAUGGAGGUCAGCUGCUCAGAAUCAGGAGAAAAUAAUAGCAUCUGCUACGAGAUCUCAGCCCAUCAAUAUAGAUCGCACUCACUUUGGGAAUCGACUGGUCCCCACAACAUCAAAGUUUAAUGGUGUGAACUUCAAUGCGAAGAUUGUCCCAGUCCUGUUUGAAGAUGCAGGAGUUUAUACAUGUUUCCUGCAAUCAAAUAAAAUAGUGACCAUUACAUUAAUCACAGUUAAAGUCACAGCGGAACCCUCUGAUGCAGAGAUUGAGGAAGACUCCAUUACCCUGACCUGCUCUGUCUCUCAUGUAACUGAAUCAAUCAGACUUGUUUGGAUCAAUAACGAUGGUAAAAUUAUUGAAGAAAAGACAUUGAAUAAGAGGAAUAGGAAAGAGAAAUCAUUGAGGCUGAUUAUUGAGAAAGCUGACAGAGGCAGAGGAAAGUGGAUGUGUGUUUUGUUUCAACAAAACAUGCCUCAGGUUUCAGUCCCAUACUAUUUGGAAGUCAGUGGUAAGUGACUCAGAUCUUGCUCUUAAUACAUAAAAUUCAAAGGAAAUGUUCUUACCACUUAUUGCAUUUAGUGGCAGCCGUAACUACAAGAUCUUGUGGAUGAACUUCUACAAUGGUGCAGCUUAUCAGCAACUUUCCCUGAGAUAACACCUUACUGUCUGUAAGACAAAUUGUACAAUCAGUCAAUUAUCACAUUGAUGUGAAUUUGGAAAGUGGGUGAAAAUUUG